CCUAGCCGGGCGCCCCGCGGCGUGUUACAUAACGGGCCACGAACCGCGCUCUCGCGAGACUUCCUGCGCGCUUCCCCUUCCCCACUCCACGUCAGAAAGAACCGGGCGGAGCGGCCAACAUGGCGGAACGCAGGCGACACAAGAAGCGGGUCCAGGAAGUUGGUGAGCCAUCCAAAGAGGAGAAGGCAGUAGCCAAGUAUCUUCGAUUCAACUGUCCAACAAAAUCCACCAACAUGAUGGGACAUCGGGUUGACUAUUUCAUUGCUUCAAAAGCAGUGGAUUGCCUUUUGGAUUCAAAAUGGGCCAAGGCUAAGAAGGGAGAGGAAGCUUUAUUUACAACCAGGGAGUCCGUGGUUGACUACUGCAGCAGGCUUUUAAAAAAACAGUUCUUUCACCGGGCACUGAAAGUCAUGAAAAUGAAGUAUGAGAAAGACAUAAAGAAAGAAAAAGAUAAAGGAAAAUCUGAAAGUGGGAAAGAAGAAGACAAAAAGAGCAAGAAAGAAAAUAUAAAGGAAGAAAAGUCAAAAAAGGAAAAAGAGAAAAAAAAAGAUGGUGAGAAGGAAGAUUCCAAAAAGGAGGAAACUCCAGGAACUCCCAAAAAGAAGGAAACUAAAAAAAAGUUCAAACUUGAGCCACAUGAUGAUCAAAUUUUUCUGGAUGGAAAUGAGGUUUAUGUGUGGAUCUAUGACCCAGUUCACAUUAAAACAUUUGUCAUGGGAUUAAUUCUUGUGAUUGCAGUAAUAGCAGCCACCCUCUUCCCCCUCUGGCCAGCAGAAAUGAGAGUAGGGGUUUAUUACCUCAGUGUGGGCGCAGGCUGCUUUGUAGCCAGCAUUCUUCUCCUUGCUAUUGCUCGUUGCAUUCUGUUCCUCAUCAUUUGGCUGAUAACUGGAGGAAGGCACCACUUUUGGUUCUUGCCAAACCUGACUGCCGAUGUGGGCUUCAUUGACUCCUUCAGGCCUCUGUACACACAUGAAUACAAAGGACCGAAAACAGACUUAAAGAAAGACGAGAAAUCUGAAACCAAAAAGCAGCAGAAGUCCGACAGUGAGGAAAAGUCAGAUAGUGAGAAAAAGGAAGAUGAGGAGGGAAAAGCAGGACCAGGAAAUCCUGGAGCAGAAGCCUCGGGUGGAGAACGGCAUUCAGACACAGACAGUGACAGGAGGGAAGAUGACCGGUCCCAGCACAGUAGUGGAAAUGGGAAUGACUUUGAAAUGAUCACAAGAGAGGAACUGGAACAGCAGACUGAUGGGGAUUGUGAUGAGGAGGAAGAUGACAGAGACGGAGAAAGGCCUAAAUCUGCACAUGAAAAAUUGUAAUCUGACUAAUUUGGGAACUGAAUUAAGUGCAAGAGGUUGGAUUUUCUAUGUUGACUGAUCAUUAUGUACACAUGGCAUUUGUAGAGUUCUUUAAAUCUGUUUUCUGAAAUGUAUUUGACAUCUAGUUACAGUCAGCCCUUUGUUUUAUAGAAUAUUGGUACUGUUACUGGUACAGUCUAAAGCCAUGAAUAAGUUUUAUCCAUUUGAUAAUUUUACAGUUAAGUAGGUCUCGUUUUGAUAGUCAUCAAAGAUUCAUUGUCCAAAAAGACAUUUAGAUUAAGGGCAUUUUUGAUAGUUAUAUGGCUUUUUACUGUUAGACUAAUCAAAACAACUAAAGAAACCACAGCAUUUCAGAUUAUGCAUAGUUACAUAGCCAUGUCAGUUUCUUUAGGAUGAAAUUGUUCUUGAUAGCUAUGUUUUUGUUUUUCUUUAUAAAAUUAUACUAGGAAAUUCCUUUUAAAAUUUUUGAGGUAGCAGGGAUCAAGAGCAUUUUGUGGAAACAAACCAACUUAUAACAGUGCAGCAACACUUUUAAUUUAGCUACAAAUUCUCUUUUUCCAACUUAGGAAAUCCACACUGAAUUGUACAGUCAAUUCAGAGAAAGGUGGUCCUCUCCAUCAGAACGUGAAGAGCAUUGAUUGGAAGGUGAGGGCUCUUCCUUUUUCCCCAUCUCCUUAUCAUAACAAAGUGUAUUCUGUACAUAAUUUACAAAUAAAACAUUUUAUUUUAAUUGUUACUUAUUAUUUAGACAUUUCUCAACAGUUAAAUUUGUAAAAUGAAGACCAUGUAAGGGUAUUUUUUUAGAGAUGGAGGUUUCAGUAGCCCACAGACAUUGUGGGCUUUCUGCAGCAGCUUCGGUUUUGUGCCAACAUUCCAUGUAUUUGAAUACGAGUAAAACUGAUCCUUUAAGUAAGAGCAGACCUAAAGUAGCUGUUUGUAUGCCUUACUGUUCAUUUUGAUUUAUCUUAAAUCUUUACAUUAGAAUGGGGACUGUGUUAUCAGACCAGGAGGCACUGCUGUGAAAGACAAUUUGCUGUUCUAAAAUACCAAUUUAAAAUAAAGGAUAUAAAAGAAAACAUAGAAAACCAUCGGACUCUAAUUGCUUCAAACUAGUUUUACCAUUUGAUUUUAUAUUUUAUACACCUUAGUUAAAAAUCUUAGAAAAAUCUUGUUUAUUUAUAAGCAUUCCUUGGAGUUAGGCUCUUACAAACUGAUAGUGAAUAUUAUGUGAUUUUCCUCUCCAGUCACAAUAAGCAUUUUUGCUUUGUAGUUGAAUAGGUGGUAGAAGAUGGCAGUCUUUUUUUCUUUAGGCUGUUUCCCAUCUGAGUAGUUGACUAAAGAUGACCUCUAAUUGUGAUAAAAUGCAUUUUCUGUAUAUUGACACAUCUUAUUAAACGUGGCUUGAUUGCUUCUUUAUGGU